AUGCCUCCUCCGAUGCAACCGGCGGGCCAGAAGCGCAAGGCGGCUUCUGCCAACCAGGCCCAGCCCUCAAAGUCCCGGAAACGACAGAAAUACUUUGAUGCCAGGGCAAUUUCUGUCCAGCCCGCCCAGGCUGCGUUGCCCGCCAAUGGAGAGCUUAACGUUGCUUCGUUCGUGAAAGCACGGGAGUUCGAGAUUGGCGCUCUGGAAAGGAGCAUGCAGAGGACCAGAGAUGCCCUGAGUAAAAGAGCUUUCCAGCAGGUCCCGAGGCACAUGCGCCGACGGACUGCCAGUCACAAUGCCAAAAAGGUGCCCAAACGUCUGCGGGGGCGGGCAAAGCGUGAGAUGAAGGAAGAUAAUACUCCCACGGUCACCAAGCGAACGCGGACGCCAUCGAAACGACUGAGACUGCGACUCGACACGGCGAAACGUGUACAGCAGUUGAACCAGAAGAGAAAGACAGUGCGGCAACAGAAGAAGGAGCUCAAAGCCAAUGCAAAGCAAACAGAUCCCGAGAACCAUAUCUCCCUUGAGAGAAUACCAAGGCCGAAGAAGAACAGACUGGCAAAGCCGCCCAAAGCCACCGUGAAGUUUCAAAGAAGGCAAAUAAACAAGACAUGGUUGCCCACUCACCUUUGGCACGCGAAAAGAGCGCAUAUGACUCGCCCCACUGAGCCAUUAUGGAGGCUCGCAAUACCACUCCGUCCAACAGAGAAGAGUUAUCGUCCGAGUCACCGUGCGGCUGGUGCCCACGGGUGCGUAGCGUGGGACAUGAGCUACAUGUCGACCGUUUCCUGCCGGGGGACCCAGCUUGCAUUGGACAGCUUGCUAAAUGCUCUUGGGUUCUCUCCCAACGACCUUUCUCCCAGCCUCCACAAGAAAUGGAAAGCGGGCACAAGGUUUGCUGAAGGCUGGAUCUUUGAGCGAGAUGGCACCAGAAAGCCAAUUGCCCCAGUCCAAAUCAUUUGGGCCAUGCAUCCAAAUAACGAGUCGACGAACAACAGUACUGCCAGCUCUGCAGAUGCCAUGGAGGUUGAUGGAGAAAAUGGACGAGCUUUAAAUGGACAUCCUCAUGCAAACCGUAAGAGCAAACUUGAUCAUCAAAUUCUGAUGCGGCUACAUCCUGCGGCAUUUCACCAACUGUGGGAGGAAUUACUCAGAGUAGCAAAGAUGCAGAAACCUCAAGUCCUGAUAGAAGAUCUGCGCUUCGAGAUUGGAAGCGUUGACAUCCAGGGCCCUGGCUCGACAGAAACCUUAUUAGGCGUUCUUCGACCGUUCGUCGGCACAGAGAACCAAGCGGUGGCAACAUGGGAAUCUCUACGUGGCUUAAACAACCCUGCUUCGAUACCGCAAAAUGCCACGCUUUCUUUCGAUAUCACCGAUCCACGACUCAACCAUCCACCCAGGAGGAUUGAGAUCAGUUCUGAUAAUACUGAACUAGACGAAACCCUUGUUUCGUGGCCGUUGGACAAGUCUUGGAAUCCGUCACGGCUGACAUCACACCGCGAGCGAUGGCGAGUCAGCGAUUCACUGCCAUCACAGGGCGCCAUCAACCGUCGAAGAGCCCUUGCGCCACCGGGGCAAAAGCCAGCCGUGACCGAAAAAGAUCCCCGGAUACCAGUCAUACUUCUAGCAUCGAGAGCAGAGAAAGGGUUCAGCUUAAACUGCGGCAAUCCACAAGGUACUUGGACGGUUCUGCUGCCCUGGAAAUGUGUUGAUCCCGUCUGGCGGUCGCUGAUGUAUUAUCCUCUCUCCUCUGGCGGAACACCACGCUUUGGCGGGUUAUUCCAGAAGCAACAAUUGGCUUUUGAACACCAAGCACCCUGGUUCCCUGGUGACUUUCCCGGUACUGAAGCAGGCAAAGCAUGGGAAAGAACCGAGAGCGAGAAACGCUUCGAUGAGUGGAUCCGAAGACCACCAAAGCACAGGAUUGCUUGGGAUCAGCUGGAUUUGGGACUUAAUAGGCGCGGGGAGCUUGGGUGUGGCUGGGCUUGUGAUUGGGAAUUUUUGUUCCGGGGCGUCGAGAAAGUCGAGGGACAGAGGGUGCCUAGUAAAGUUGAACAACAGUCGAAAAGCACCGAAGAGCCGGUGUUACUGACACAACGACAACGCAAGGCUGCGAAAGCUACAGCACAAGGCAAAGCAGAUGCAAAUGAAGGCACAACCUUCCAGCAGCAGACUCCAGGUCCAAAAAAUAACGAAGAGGAUGAGAUGGCCACUCUAGCCGUCGAGCAGGCCUAUACACACCUCAGUCCCAGCAGGAGUAUUUCGCUGUGCAAGAAGCCGAAUUCGACCACUCUGCCCUCGGUCCCGGGACUGAUAACUGUUCGCAUAUUGUUGCUACACAAAGGAACACCGGCACCUGCGGCACGAAUAUACCGGCUGCCGUCGAUCACGACAUCGGUGGCCGCUCCUUCAGGUUCUAAGACCACCAAUGCGGACGCUGACUCUCAGGAUCGACCGCAACUGUGGUCAUCCGAACCACCUCCAGCGCAGCCUCCACCCGCCACAAGCACAACAGCUUCUUCACACGAUACUAAUAUCAUGCGCGACCUCCGUGCCCAAUGGCUCGCCCUCGAUACGAAGACCAACAUUUCCCAGCUUCAUGCUCGCCUUCCGAAGCAAAAGCUCAAUAGGUUCGGACUCGCACGGGCUCACCGCGUGUACGCUCGCGAAUCGCUAGCCCAUAUUAACGUUUUGCCGAAGAACGCGCCACAAGAGGUCAUAGAUAAAUUUGGUCCAAACAGUGCUUUUGGCCGUGGCGACGGUGAAAUCCCGAAAGAGCCAACGGCCCUCCCGGCCAAGGCUGCGCGGAACCAGAAACGAAACAGCAAGGCCCAGACCAAGGACAGGGACACCGCGAAAACACAGAAAGAGACUCAACGCGAAAAGAAGCAAGAGGAGAGCGUAUAUCUCGACAGCCACGAUGAUAAUGAUGAUAAUGGCGCAGGGAUCUCUGUGCCCCUCGAGGCAUUCCGAGACCUGAUCGACACAUGCCCCCCCGAGGACGAAUGGUCAAAACACCCGCCGUGUCCGGAUGCGCAUGAUCUGAUUGGCUUCGUGACCUCCGGAGGGUACAAUCUCGCCGAAGGUCGCGGGACGGCCGUGGGAUCGAUCUGGGCACAGCGGCUCGUGGAAGGGUGGAAGCGUGAUGAUCGUGACACUUUGGCUGCAAAGACGAAGGAACACGAGAGACUUCGAAGAUUGUGCGUUGUGCGUAACGCCGGUGAAAGGAUCGGACGAUUGGGCAUAUGGGAGAUUUGCGGCGGAUGA